GGCGGUGCAUCGGAGGCAGCCACUUUAGCCAAGCGGCACAGAUUGGGGGCCGAAAGCUGACGAGCAUUUGCAUGAGACGUUCAUAUUAGCAGAUCAGUCCAGACUGCAAACCCCUCAUUGGUGACUUCCGGAUAUAAUUCUACAUUCCGAGCCCCGUGGAAAAUUCACACCUACCCUGUCUUUGGAAUACCGUGGGGACCCCGGCUCAUCAUGUCUGGAGCCUCGAGUCUUUACGAAGCUUUGCCGAGUGCGACCUCAAUCAGGGUCCUGGUCUUAGGGCCCGGCGAGACAGAUGACGAAGACAUAUUCUGUUGGUUGCUUCCGUCGGACCUGGAUCAGGACCAUGAAAAAUUUCCAGACUCAACGCCACGGCCCACGGAAUCCAUCUCGAUCGCUACCGGCAAGACCUCCAGUGGCGAGGAUCGUACAUUUCUCAUCCCCUUUGACGUGGAUUUCGGCUUCGACCAGCCAAGUGCGCAGGCAAGCCACGAGUCGCGAAUGCACCCUUUCCAGCGAUACGAGGCGCUAUCGUACGUCUGGGGUGAUAACAGUAAGCCUCGGUACAUCUUCUGCAAUGGGGAGGAACUUUUUCCGGUGACUCAAAAUCUGUACGCCGCAUUGCGCUCAUUACGCUUGCCACAACAAGGCCGCAGACUGUGGAUUGAUGCGAUUUGUAUUAACCAGGCUGACCAUGAAGAGAAAGGGGCCCAGAUUGGGCUGAUGGACAGGGUAUAUCAGCAGGCGAGCAAGGUGAUCGCGUUUCUCCCGCUUUCGGAGCAGGACGCGGGUAAUAUACUAGAGCUUGUCCCCAAGGUUUGGAGGGCCCGUGAAGAAUACGAACAGAAGCGGAAGGAGAGAGAAACAGGUAUGACUUCGCAGCCUGGCGACAUGGCCAGUCUGAAUUCCGUCACCGCCUUAGAGACGAUUAGAAUUCCCGUGGCUGCAGAAGAGCAGAGAGGGAUCACCAGCAUCCUGCAAGAACAGCAAUCACGACGCGGCGGCGGCAACUUCCUCGAGGACUUCGGUAUUCCACCCCUAGACAGCCCUUUGUGGGUGUCGUGGCAACGUCUCUUUGCGUCGUCAUACUUUCGUCGCAUCUGGAUCUUACAGGAAUUUGCGCUGGGCAAGAAUCUCCAUUUCUGGUUUGGAUCCAGAGGCGAGAGAGCCGAGCUUGUGAUGCUCGCGAAGCAUUUUCUCGCAGCUUACGGCGGAACCCAGAGCUCCGAAUACAUGAGCGCAGGAUCUCGUCGGGACGAAGAUGACUUCACAGAACUGGCGCGUCGUGCUGGCGAAGGCUCUAACAAUGCCGGGAAAAUGUUCACGGAAAGAGUAUUUACUCAAGAUGGAUCUAUCCACAGGAGGCUAAUAGAUAUCCUGAGUACCACUUUAGGUUUCCAAGCUACAGACCAAAGGGAUAAAAUAUACGCCUUGUUGGGGUUGGCUCUUGAUGGCGCAUAUUUUGCACAGCAUGUCAGUUAUGCACCCGAGGAGACUCCAGCGAAGACGUUCACUAGAUUCGCCAGGCUGUUCAUUGAAAAAGGCGAGGGCCAUGAGCUUUUAUUGCAAGCUGGACUUGAGCAUGAUCAGCAGUUACCAUCAUGGGUUCCGGUAAGUCACACUGCUUGAUAAUCAAGGGAGAGAAAAAGCCAAGUCUCGUGUGUGAAUACUGAAUCUAUGGCAGGACUG